GCCAAAGUGCCCGGAUGUAACCUACAUUCCGUCCACAAACAAGUGAAAGUAGCACCUGUUGUGCUCAGAUUAUCUGCACACAAAAAAACACUGCCGAAUCAUCUGUGAGUUUGAUACAGACUUGUCUAAGAGUUUCUCUGGAUUCCGUCCGGUAUGACCAGCGCCGGUCAGCACCUGCGCACCUUAGCGCACAGGCAUCUCAAUGAGAGAGAGUGCGCUGCCCUCAAGCAAGCCAUCCAGUCUUUCCGACAGACCAAGUCCGUCCUGGUGCUCUGCACCACCCUGAGAAGCCUCCUGAACACCCAGGAGAAGACCUGUCUCCUUGAGGCCAUCUUCCCGAUGAUCCCCGAAGAUCUGAGGCUGGACUUUGAUCACCUCUGCUGUCUGAACUUCCAAGGCUAUCAAUCCCAGAUCCAGAAGCAGAGAUCUCCGGAGGUCAUCAGGGGGACAGCCAGGCACGGAGCCGGGAGACCAAAGCGCAAGUCCUCUGCUAAGGUGCUCCUGCCCGUGGAGCAGAUCCGAGCAGUCAUGGGCCUGGAGGCCAGGAGCAAGGCUGUGUCGACGGCCCACCAGAAGGAAGUGCGACGAACUGACAACAGUCCGUCCAAGAGAGCUGACUUCGUCAGGAUGCGAAGGGACAGCUCCAGGUCUUCUGAAGGGAGGAAGGAACACAAACGGAGUCGAACGAUGGAUGUUGACCUUAGAAGAAAUCAACCUGAGGUUCCACCCCUCGCCCUGAACACCAGCAGUGAGCAGCAACAAGGCAGCAGUGUGAGAACCACGCCCAAGGCCCCACCCUCCUCCACCUCCUCCUCUGCCUCUGCCCCGCCCAUCCAGAUCAGGAAGAUCAAGCUGACGCACCGAGAGAAGGAGACCCUAGGCUUCAGCAUUCGGGGAGGCAAGGACCUGAAUGCUGGCAUCUAUGUCUCCACAGUGGAUCCUGGUGGCCAGGCAGAGAGACAUGGAUUGAAGGUGGGGGAACGGAUUCUAAAGGUCAACGACACGCCAUUCAAGAGCAUCACCCAUGCCCAGGCUGUGGUGGCGCUCAAGUCGGCGCGCCGGCUGAUACUCUACGUGGCACCAGUUGGCACCAUGCCAGGAUCCACACCAAACGGCACUCCAAGGAGUGAGAUAAGCAGUGCCAGAUCAGCCAGCAGCCACCAAUCACUCAAGAGCGCAAGCAGCAGUAAGCAUGGCAACAGUAGCCAUGACAACAGCCAAGAUGAGGCUGAUGGGUCAAAGGUCAAACAGGUGACCAUCAUCGCUGAUGAGGAUGGCUGGUUGGGCUGCAGUAUCAGAGGUGGUGUGGACUUUGAAUUGGAUGUGACUGUAGCCAACGUGGACCCCAUGUCACCUGCUUACAGGGCUGGACUCAAGAGGGGACUGCUCAUCAGCAAGGUGAAUGGAGUCAGCGUUGAGACGUUAACACAUGAAGAGAUCAUUAGCCUGGUCAUGGCUACCAAUGUGGUAGUACUUGAUGUCAAACCUGCUCCCAAGAAAUCUUCUCAGAACCAGAAGAGUAAGGUGAAGCACAGACGAAGCCAGACUGCAGAGGCAGCCCUCCCCAGCCCCAGGCCAGAGGAACGUAGCCAACCCAGCUAUCCAUCUUCCUCCGCACAGUCUCCCAAACAGACGGGCAGAUUGGCGGCCAACUUUGCUGAAUUUGAACUGGAACUGCAAUCUACUCCACCUGUGUCUACCUCUACCCCUCUGCCUCCUGACAAUCACCCAGCCCUGAUAGCAAACAGGGAGAAGGAGAGAGAAGCACUGAACAACAAUCUGUCUUCCCCUGAGGACGACGGCCUGAGAGCGAUAUCCCCUGAUCCCACCGGCAGGUUUGUCAGGAUUCUCAACGACUCCCGGGAUCUGGACGGCUCGGGCGGCUCAAGCACCGAGAACACGCCGAGGGAAGGCUCCAAGUUUGACAUGGGGACCAUCCGCCUGAACAUGGCCAAUCAGAUGGAAAAGACCCUGAAUGUUUUAGGGAACUGCAACCGCACGCCCACCAAGAAGGAACACGUCAAGGAUAUAUUUCACUUGAAUUCCAACAUGCAUGAGUACCGGACGCCCGUGAGCAGCCCGAAGCCCGACCGAAACGCCAAGAGUGGGCUUAAUACGCCGGAAAUGAACCCGUACAUCAGGGCCAACAUGAACAUCCUGAGCUCGCCGUACAACAACGUGGAGCAGGAGUUACGUCUGGCCAACUUCAGGCCGUCGACGCCGUCCAAGCAGCUGCCGAUCAUGAAGCCGCUGGUCAACUCCCAGGUUGACCAACAGCUGACCGGCAAGCGCGCCAAGCCGCCGCUCUGCCCCAACAUCCCCGUGGCCCAGACCUCACCCGUCUCCAAGUUCUUCAAGAAGAUGCUGAGACGGAACAGCAUGUCCGGUAGCCGGCGGUCUCUGGGUAGCCUGCGCAGCACCAGCAUGGAGAGUUUGAAUGAUGACAAGACGAGCCUGAACUCGCUGGGGGCAGUGUCAAGCGACGGCUCAGCCAUGCACCGAUCGGCGUAUGACUUGAUGGUUGAAAACGAUCCCGAUGUCACUUUGCUGUGAGUGUUUGAGUGAAAUCAACCGGCACCGUAACCCAGGUUUUAGAGGAUUUUAAAGGAUUGGGGAAGUUACAGCCCAGUCACUCUUACUUCCAGUAGACAGUAGAACCGAGCUAGUUCUGAUGUUUUUUGGGUGAACUGUUAUUUAAAAUUUGAUCCAUAGGUAAAAUGCUUGCUACAGCGUUAAUUUCAGUUGAGUGAUAAAUACUGCAAAUUUUUAAUUUUAAACUGUAACGAAUGAGAUUUGUUAUGAUUUUUGCUGAUUUCAGGAUUUUUUGUAAUGAUUUUUCCUGAUUUCAGAAUUUGUACAGGAUCACUUUUCAAAUCUGGAAUUCCUGAGGUUUAGCGUAAAGAUGCUUUUUUACAUAUACAAGUUUAUAUAAAAGUUUAUAUACAAAAAAGGAGGUUAUCUUAAGGGGUGCCUUCAGGUAAAUACAGGUGUAUGUCAUACACCCUAUGUUGCUCUGGGCAACCCUCAAACCCUCUGCCACUCCCUCCCCCCCCCCAUCUCAUCCCUGCUGUAAAACUAUCAAAAAGUUUUAAAAGGAAAAUUCAAGUGUUUCCUUGUUCUUUCUGGUGCAUUUAUUCACAGGCAUGCAACUUUUCCUCGGAUCAGCUGAUUUCCCUUUUUUAACUUCCCAUGUGUGCCAUUAAAAAUAGAAAAACACUGUACAGAUUCCAGGAAAGAGUUGAAUUUCCUCUUGUUUUUGUGACAUCCCAGUUGCAUGGCUGUUGUAUUUCAAGAUUCAUUUUCUGGGACACUCUGUAGAAGAGAAAACUCAACAUGGGUCCUACUUCACCAGUUAACGCCAGAGGACGUGUAAACAUGAUCUGGCAAUGUACAUUAUAUUCGGGGCGGGUGUCAGGUUAAAUGGUCAAGCUUUCCCUGAGUCUCCAGCGGUGGACGCAUAUGCAUGUCAGUGGUUCACGUGGUGUUGUACACACUGUGUUUUGAACUUGAAUUUGGCCGCUGUACACAGCCUGUCAUCGAAGCAAAUAUUGCUCCGUGGCGAGGCUUUUGAGUGUUGCAAAAUAUGAAGUUAGGAUGAGAUGUAUCGUACAAAUAUUGUACAAAUGACUCUCAAAGAGUCAGUACUCUUGGCGUUUGUCUUGAUUUUAAAAUUGGGCUGAUAUAUUGUCUUUUUCAAAAAUUGUGUUUUUCAGCCUAAAAAUUUUUUUGUCUUCAAGUGGUCAAUGUAUCACAUACAUGUAUAAGCUCAUUUCCCACCGUGCAUUUUUUUUUUCAAAAACUACUUUUUUGCUCCAACAUGACUUUUUUUUUUGUAGAGUUAGCAACAAAUUUCAAUUUUAAGUAAAACUUUUUUGGUACACAUUAUUUGGCAAUAUAUGUAUAUAUAGAUAUAUAGUUUUGUCUUCUGAACAAUGUGACUUUAAUAUGCUGCAUUUAGCAUUGCUCGAGGUUUCUAUUUGUCUAUGAAUACAGCUGAUUUUGUGAACAGCACUGUUUCCUAAUAUUUGAAUAAGUACUGUGUUUAGAGGGCCAAUAAUUACAAUCAUUCUUUUUCUAAAAGAAAACACACAGAAAGUUGUAUCUUGUCUCAGACAAUCAAUUUUUAUUAAUCUCUUCAAUGAUAAAUGCGUAGCUUGUCCAAAAUGAUAUAUAGAUCAUGAUUCAAUUGUUGGAUACAAUUUUUAAACUGUUUUGAACAGACUUACAAAAAGUAGUGGUUUACUGAAAUUGAGGUUUGGGUCACAUUUUUGUGUACAUUCUAUUGAUUAUAAAUGUCCACAUGGGCAAUUCCAGUAUUACAUGUAUGGAAAAAAAGUGAUGUCUGUGACUGAACCAAUUAUCCACGAUAUCUAAAUAAUGAUUCAGAGAAACGAUCCAAAACUCCUAGUCUGUAAUCUCCUUGACCAUUACUAGAUGAUGGAUGUAUAAGAUUUGAAAAAUACAUUUUCAGUUUUAUUCACUGAGCUUUUAGAUAACAAAAAAAUUGUCUGAUUUUUGACGUCUGUGACGCUGGAAUUGCCCGAAUGUUGUAAAUUACAUUCACUUGUACAAUAUGGGUUUAUCAAAUGGUGGCAGUGCCAAUAUAAAGAUAUGUACAUUUUUUAUGAAAAGUCAUUACGGGUGUACACAUUUCCUUAAUUCAACUUGUAAUUUAAACUGAUAUACCAGAAAAAUCACUACAUGCUGUAAAUAUAUUACUGUAUUAGUAACACUUAACAGUCAUCUCAUAAGGUUAUUAUUCAAUUUAAUAAAUGCUUUGUCAUAUUGUAUACCAUGUGUAUGGAUAGUAAAUUGUACUAAUUAAGGUGCAACAUGAUUUUCUUGUUUGUUUUAAUGUGGCAAAUACUGAACGGGCAUUCGUAGAAAUCAUUAACAAAAUUGAGGCCACCUUUGUUCAGAAGUCCAAAGGCACUGGUGAUGAAAAAGUAAAUAGUUCUUGACGGUUCAACCACUUGGAACAAGUGGGUUCAAAUGCAUCUCAGCUGGGAAAUAUCUUACCCAAUUCGGGAAUUUUGGGAAGACUAAAAUACAAAAACCUAAGAAGUGUUUCACUGCUGUCAAAAAACAAAGACACAAAAGCAAGUAUUAAGCUGUAAAUUUCUUUCAGACUGCAUUUGCUCACCGCUUUGGCCAGAGAUGUGUGUAUUUCGGACUCUAGUACGGACUCAUUAGUUGUACUGUGCACGCUAAAGUGACGAUAACUUUGGAAGGUGGCAGGUUACGUGUUAGGGUUACAGUCCAUAUAAGGUAAAAGGAAGUAGAUUUCACAGGAGUCCAAAUUUCAUAUGACGCCAGAUUCGAAAAAGAAGUGACACUGGACAGUUUCAGCUACUGGAAUGGAAUAAGCUAAGUAACCAACAUAGAAAUGGGGCCAAAAACUAAGUAUUUUUUAAGUGUGCCUUGCGCUUGUUCGAAUCUGUGGUCAUUCUCUUUUAAAGAGUGAUUUGGAUAUUACAGCAGCAUGCUGACCUGUUGACAGUGUGAUAAAAACACCCCAAAACUGUCUUCUCAAAUAGCAACUUCAUAUUUUGUUUGCUAAAGCUUUUGAAAAACACAGUGUUCUAGUUCAUGCAUUCAAGAAACCCUUGAACAUGUCCAUGAAUGUUCCCCUUUUUUUCAGUGUAAAUGUUUGUUUCAAAACUAGUGCUUCAUAUUCAAAAUUCCAUUUUGACACUUUUUUUCACUCUUUUUGUACCAAAAUAUGGUGCUGGGUUUUUGGGGAAUUACAAGAUGUUAACUCUAAACUUUGUAUGUUUCAAGAUUCUGAUCCUUUUGGAAUUUGGAAGCUGUGAAAUAAAAUGGGCUUUUCACAUCUAUGACAAUUAAGACCAUUGUGCCUCAAAUUUGUACUCGUCCAAACACAAUACAUGUACCUGGUAUGGCUUGGGAAAUUAUUGUGAAACAAGAAAAAAAA